CAGCGCCCCCUGCCGCCCAUUGUCCCAAGCGCCCUUUUCCCACUGCCGAGCUGGAUCGCUGAGGGCCUGACCAGCUCCUCUCCGUGCUCAGGGAUCUUUGGGCAGCGCCUGGAGGACACAGUCCACCACGAGCGGAAGUAUGGCCCCCGCCUGGCCCCCCUGCUGGUGGAGCAGUGUGUGGACUUCAUCCGCGAGCGGGGGCUCACCGAGGAGGGGCUCUUCCGCAUGCCCGGCCAGGCCAACCUGGUGAGGGACCUGCAGGAUUCCUUCGACUGUGGGGAGAAGCCACUGUUUGACAGCACAACAGAUGUGCACACGGUGGCCUCUCUGUUGAAGCUCUACCUGCGGGAGCUCCCCGAGCCCGUGGUCCCCUUCGCCAGGUACGAGGACUUCCUCAGCUGUGCCCAGCUGCUCACCAAGGACGAGGGGGAGGGGACUCUGGAGUUGGCUAAACAAGUGAGCAGCCUUCCCCUGGCCAAUUACAACCUGCUCAGAUAUAUCUGCAAGUUUCUGGAUGAAGUCCAGUCCCACUCAAAUGUCAACAAGAUGAGUGUCCAGAACCUGGCAACUGUUUUUGGACCCAACAUACUUCGGCCACAGAUAGAAGACCCGGUAACCAUCAUGGAAGGCACUUCUCUGGUCCAGCACCUGAUGACCGCCCUGAUCCGCAAACACGGCCAACUCUUCACUGCGAGGGCCGAGGAAGGGCCGGCCUCCCCGCGUGGGGGCCCACCGUGCACAGUGGGAUGGGGCUCCGAGGAGGUCCCGGGGGAUGGCCAGCCAGAACCCAGCAGCCCCAGCAGCCCCAGCAGCCCUGGCCUGCCAUCACACAGGACCUCGUCUCUGGAUGGGGCCACUGUGGCAGCGCUGUCUAGAACCUCCCCCGCGGGCCUGGGUAGCCGAGGCAGCCCUGCCACUACCAGCCCUGGGAAGAAAGUGCAGACUCUGCCCAGCUGGAAGUCUUCUUUCUGGCAGUCAGGGUCCCGUUCGGGUAGCCCGAAGGUGGGCAGCUCAUCCCUGGAGGUGCCCAUCAUCUCCUCCGGAGGGAACUGGCUCAUGAACGGGCUGUCCUCCCUGCGCGGCCACCGCCGGGCUUCCUCAGGAGAACGGCUCAAGGACUCAGGCUCUUCACAGAGACUCUCCACUUAUGACAAUGUGCCCCCACCCAGCGGCCUCUUUGCCAGCACCCCCAGUGUGGCCAGCACAGCGUGGUCGGGGGCCUCCUCCUGCGAGGCGUCGGCCAGGGGCUCGAUCAGCAGCUGCACGGCCUGCCGGGCCAGCGACUCAUCCGCCUGCAGCUCCCUGCAUACCGAGGGGGCCCUCGAGCCUUCCCCCUUCCCCAGUAGCAGCGAGGACCGCAGAUCCCCGGACCUGGGCCGUGGCCUGGACAAGGUGGACACCUGCAUCAGCAGCAGCGAGCCCAGCGACCCAGGCAGCCCCACCCAGGACUAUGCUCGCUGCUCCGAGGCUCUCCAGGGCCUGGUCACAGAGCUCAGGGCGGAGCUGUGCCGGCAGAGGACUGAGUACGAGACCAGUAUAAAAAGACUCGAAGAAGGUAGUGCCAACCUGAGGAAACGAAUGUCACGGCUAGAAGAAGAACUGGACCAGGAAAAGAAAAAGUACACAAUGCUGGAAAUAAAGCUGAGGAACUCAGAGCGGGCGCGAGAAGACGCGGAGAAGAGGAACCAGCUGCUGCAGAAGGAAAUGGAGGAGUUUUUUUCAACCCUGGGAAGCCUGACUGUAGGGGCAAGAGGUGACAAAGCCCCAAAGUGAAGGAGUGGAAAGAGCUCCCGUCCACAGGGUGCUCACCCGCCUCUGAGCAGAGAUGGCUGCCAGCCUCACGAGGAGCCACAAGGCCCUGCAGCUUAGACGUGGGCUUCAGUGGUGCCAGCAGCUCUGGAGCCAGCUGGAGGGAGGAGUCCUGACGCCCCCAGGGGGACUGUCGGGAGCCCAAGCCCCACAUGGGAUCUGGAUGCUGCUCCGACCAUGCAGGGCCUGGCAGGUGUCUCGUGACCACCAAAACAGAUGGCACCUGGGAUCUGAGUAGCCGAGUGGGCUACUUUUUUGCAUUCGUUAUUAAAUUUGCUACCAUAGCAUGAUG